CUAGUCCUAACACUAACCGUCGCACAAUGAGCAGUACUCGUCGCCGGUCUCAUGCCGCUUCAGUUGACAUGAGCCGUCUUUCAAAACUAGAUCGUCUUAUUAUGGCCCAAGCAGUCUGGGAAAUUGGUGCAGAAUGGACUGCCAUCGCAAAAAUUCUUUCUAAACAUCCUCUUCUUGCGCACCCCAAGUCUUUCUUCACUCCCCAAUCCUGUGCAGCCAUGUACAGUUAUCUUAUAAAGGACGCCGAACUCGAAUUUUCGCAAGAAAGUAAUGAACCUAAAGCGGACGUGAAUCUCAAGUUGGCGAAACAUCAAUACCUUGCUCGAUACCAGGAGCUACGAGAUGACAUUUCAGCCGAAGAAGCAAAAUUCAAGAGAAUUCUCGCGGAAAUUGAAGACAUACGGUCGGGCUCUUGGGAUGACAAGAUUCGAGCUGACAUUUCUGGAGUUCCUGACGAGGAGGUAAAAGAGACGGUUAUAUCAAUUCCCGAAGCAACCACGGAAGAGAUGCCUGUUCCAGAGAUUAAUAGGACGGCCACUACGUCCACUCUCCCAAUGGAACUGGAUAUUCCGGUGGAAGACGACACUGUAUCUCUAGAAGUUCCACUUGUAUCAACCGAAGACGAUGUUUCGGACGCACCUCCACGAGAGAAUUCACCGAAGCUUCUUCAAGAGCUUACGGAAGCCCCACUUCAUGACCUAACGUCGCUUUCAGCAAAACCGGCAGAGCCUGACGUGGUGCAGACUGCAGAAGUUUCCCAUCAACCUGUUGAAGGAUACGAAUCAGAACCGCAUUCACCGCCUGAAGUUAUAGAUGUUGAUACGGCAGCAGAGGAGCCUGAAGGCACCCCCCAAGGUGCAGAUCUUGAAGAAGACGGUUCGACAUCAGGAGACGAGCCAUUACAAGCUACUCGCAAAUCAACACGUCGACAGCGGCCGUCAGCUACCGCAGCCGCACAAGCUAAGACCGCCAAAAGCCGACGUCAGCGACGUGGAACCUCCGUCCCCGAGGACGGUGAUGCAUUGCUUGAAGCAGAUAUUGAAAUGGUAGCGACUCCUCAAGAAGAUCAGGCCGAUUCUCCAAGUGCUGAUGCAGUUACGACGAGACGAAGCAAACGAAAAGCGUCUAAUCCAGAGCAAAGUGAUGGGCUUCGUGACAGGAAGCGUUUGCGAGAACCUUCAGAACCAGAUGACGAUGAACCUGGCCCUUCCAGUGCUCGAACGCGUCGCCGUGGAGACCGCACGGAAGAACAGGUGGCGCUCAAGCGAUUCCAAAAUGUCAUCGGAAUGCUACACUCCCAAAUCUCUCAACACCGUAGUGGCAAUAUUUUUCAUAACCCCAUCAAAGCCUCUGAAGCACCAGAUUAUCGCGAUAUCGUCAAGCGGCCCGUAGACUUAAAAACUAUCAAGGCCAGGAUCAAAGACGGUGUCAUUUGCAACUCUUUGGAGUAUCAAAGAGACAUAUAUCUCAUGUUUGCCAAUGCGAUGAUGUACAAUCGACCUGGUUCAGAUAUAUAUUCCAUGACGGAAGAUAUGAUGUACGAAAGUGAAGUUAUGAUUAAUACACACAGGCAGACUGAGGGGUACUUAAGUAAUAGGAAAACACACUAAAUAUCGUACUACACUGAAUCGAGCAAUCUGGUACGCUGG